CAUCAAGAGUAAAAGAAAAUUUAAUAAAAAUAUCUUAAUCCCUUUUCUAACGUUUUAGUUUUUACCCAAAAUGCUGGAUUUUAAUUUUAUUUAUUGAUUUAUUUAGUUUUGAGGAACAUAUAUAAGCGAUCAACAUGUUGGCUGAAUUCAAAAGUUUAUAACAAAUUAUAUAAAAUUUCCGUUUGCAAUACAUCCUCAAAAUGUUUAAAAAAAAAAAAAGCAUCCCCAAGUUGAAAUCUAUGAGCGAUUUGGUUCAGCGAAACUAAGUCCAUAAAUUAAAUUACACUGCCCAGGUCAAAGUUUAAACAUUUUUCUUGAGAAAAAAAAUUUCAAACGUUUAUAAUACGAAAUGUAAAAUAAAGUUAGCCAAUUAAACCCGCCUCCCACUCUAAGAAUAAAGUUAUCACUUUCUGGUGGCAUACGAACAACGGAGUCUUUUGAACAAGAGAAAAGAACGCCGUUGUUCAAUAUAACUAAUUAGUACAAAGUUACUAUCAAAUAUAGUUAGUUAAUAGAUUCUAAAAUUGUCGGAAUUUGAAUGAUUAUAUUGGAGAAAAAUUCUUUUAGUACCAUUGAAAAUGAGCUAGAUAUAGUCAAUUAUUGGCCAAAAUUUUAAUUUAAUAUAAUGUCCCUAAUUAAAUAUCAUAAUGCAAAAUCAAUAUCGUUAAUGAUGAAUUGCACUUGCACGUCAAGCCUCUGCAUCCCUUUUAUAUAGUGUUUAUUACAUUAAUACUUAACUAAGAUAUAUUCAAACGCCCUUUUAAAAAAUCUGCAAUAUACCAAAAAAUAUGAUAGGAAAAACUUGACUUUUCGUGCAUAUAAAAUCCCUUGUAGGUAAAAUCAAAAUAUUAUUUGAUAAAUAUAGCGCUGCUCUAAUACUUAAAAUCUGCAAACUGUCAUAUCAUAAUGCACGGUGAGUUCAUUUUGAAUUAAAUUAAGGCAUUUAAAAUUAAAAUCAGAUCAAGUUUAGUUUGUAUUUCGAGUCAAUAUAAUUUGGUUUAUAUUGCAUCGCAUUUUAUUUUACAAUUUACAUUCUUUUAAAAAGAUUAGUGGUAUAUUUUAUCAUGUUUUUACUGAAAUUAUUACUUUUUUGAUGUGGUAACAUUUUUUUACAUUUUUAUAACAUGUUUUUAUGUUUUGACUGACUACAAAUAAUAUAUACUUUUUUGCAUCUUUCGGCUGAAUACGGACUGGGCUGAGUAGGCCCGAUCUGAUUUAAAAGCUGAAUUGGGCCAAUAGCGUAUGAAAUUGGAUCAAAAUCUUCAUCGCAGUAGUUAUUGGGGAAAUUUUAGGAAAAACCAUUUUUGACAUCCCCCCGCAGGCAGCGAGUGCCAGUGGUGUGGACUCCCAAAGCAUAGUGAGCAGCGUUGUGCGAGCUUCCCUGCGAAUUAAUUUGUCAUCAUAUUGCUAUUGCAACCAUACAUGUUCUCAUUUCAUUCACAGUAAUAACAAUUCAUACAUUCCUGAACCGAAUCAAUUAACCCGAGCGAGGUGAUGGUGCCUCGUUCUUUCAUACUCCUCCUGCUGAGUCUUCUCUUGACUCAGUCCGAGUCGGCACCUCAAGCCUUCAAGAGAGAACCCGGUCACCCUCAAUGGCACCACGGAGCCUUCCACGACGUCAGAGAUAGCGUCCGAUCCGACGUUCGCCGCAUGCUUCAUUCUCGUGCCGAGGUUCCGUUUCAAGUUCCGCUUGAAGUGAAUGUGGUUCUGAUUGGUUUGAAUGGAGAUGGAGGAUAUAGAUACACUAUCGAUGCGCAUCGAUUGGAACAGUUUCUCAAAGUUAGCUUUCCAUCUCACAGACCUUCUUGUCUGGAGACUGAGGAACUACUUGAUAUUGAGCACCACUUGGUCUAUAACGCAUUUCCUGCUGGACAGCCUGAACUGAUAGCACUUGAGAAAGCACUGAAAGAGGCAAUGGUUCCUGCCGGAAAAGCAAGAGAGACUGAAUUUGGAAGGGAGGUACCUUUGUUUGAAGUUGAAGCAACAACUGUGGAGCCAGUGUUUCAAAAGCUGUACUCCUAUAUAUUUGACAUGGAUGUUAUGGGAUCUUCUGUCAUGCAGAUGGAUAGACCAGUGCCAAGUGCAAUAUUUAUUGUAAACUUCGAUAAGGUGAGAGUAGAUCCUAGAAAUAAGGAAAUUGAUCUUGAUAGUUUAAUGUCUGGAAAAAUUCCUGAGCUAACUGAGGAAGAUAUGAAAAGGCAAGAAGGUGAUUAUAUUUAUCGUUAUCGUUACAAUGGUGGGGGAGCAACCCAAGUUUGGCUGAGCUCUGGCAGAUUUGUGGUGAUUGACCUUUCAGCAGGGCCAUGCACUUAUGGUAAAAUUGAAGCUGAAGAAGGAAGUGUCAGUUCUAGAACCCUGCCAAGAUUGCAAAAUGUGAUUCGUCCUGGUGGUUUGAGUACAACUGCUCAUCAGUCAAGCAAUGAUAUUUUUCUUGGACAACUUGCUUCUUUGGUAUCAACCACGGUGGAACAUGUUAUAGCUCCUGAUGUGAGGUUUGAAACUGUUGAUCUUACUUCUAGAUUGCUUAUACCAAUAAUUGUAUUGCAAAAUCACAAUCGAUACAACAUUAUGGAAAGGGGACGUAAUUACAGUAUUAACAUAGAAGAAAUUGAGGCAGAGGUGAAAAGUAUGCUUCAUGAAGGACAAGAAUUAGUAAUUAUUGCGGGUGCACAUUCACUACAUCGUCAUGAGAAGCUAGCAAUUGCUGUUUCAAAAGCUAUGCGUGGACAUUCCCUGCAGGAAACCAAGAAUGAUGGUCGUUUUCAUGUUCAUACCAAGACAUAUCUAGAUGGUGCUAUUUUAAAAGAAGAGAUGGAACGUUCUGCUGAUGUGCUUGCUGCUGGAUUACUUGAAGUGGCCGACCCAUCUCUUUCAAGUAAAUAUUUCCUCCGCCAGAAUUGGAUGGAUGAAAGUGAAGGGUCAACUGAUUCUAUUCUUAAACAUAAACCUCUCUGGGCUUCCUAUAAUUCAAAGCAUGAGAAGAAAAAAAAGAGAAAAGUAAAGAAACAAGGGGAUCUGCAGCCAACCUAUGGAACAAGAGUAAUUCCUGUCUUUGUGCUAUCAUUGGCAGAUGUGGAUCCUAAGCUUAUGAUGGAGGAUGAAAGUAUGGUAUGGACAAGCAAUGAUGUUGUAAUUGUGCUUGAGCAUCAAAAUGAAAAGAUUCCUUUGAGUUAUGUUUCAGAAACAAAGAGAAGGCAUGCUCUUCCAUCUCAGGCUCAACGGCAUAUAUUGGCUGGUCUUGCUUCAGUUGUAGGUGGUUUGAGUGCGCCAUAUUAUAAGGCUUCUCAUGUACAUGAAAGGCCUGUUGUGAAUUGGCUUUGGGCAGCUGGGUGUCAUCCAUUUGGACCAUUCUCGAAUACAUCUCACAUCAGUCAAAUGCUCCGUGAUGUUGCUUUGAGGAACUCAAUAUAUGCACGUGUGGAUUCUGUACUUCGUAAAAUUCGUGAAACAUCGGAGACUGUUCAAGCUUUUGCAGCAGAAUAUCUGAAAACUCCUCUUGGUGAACCAGUAAAGGGAAAGAAGGAGAAGUCAACCACUGAACUAUGGUUGGAGAAGUUCUACAAGAAAACUACUAAUUUGCCUGAACCCUUCCCACAUGAAUUAGUUGAUCGCUUGGAAAAAUAUCUUGACGGCCUUGAGGAGCAGCUUGUAGAUAUGUCUUCACUAUUAUAUGAUCAUCGGUUACAGGAUGCCCACUUGAACAGUUCGGAUAUUCUGCAGAGCACCAUGUUCACCCAACAAUAUGUUGACCAUGUUUUGGCCACCGAGAGGGAUAAUAUGAGAUGCUGCAAAAUUGAGUACAAGUACCCCGUGCACUCUUCUCAAACUUUCAUCUAUGGGGCAAUACUUGUUGCUGGAUUCGUUGUGUACUUUGUUGUAAUUUUCUUCUCAUCUCCUGUGCGCUGACUCAAGAUUUUGAAGCCAACCACAAAAAACCACCAAACCUCAUCACACUAGAUAGAGCAAAUAUCAGAUAUAUACAAUUUUGAAUGCAUAGCGAUCAAUGCAGGACAAUUAAAAAGCACAAAAUUGCUGGAGUAACGUUGACUAGAUUAUGUAUUUUGGUAGCUACUGCCUGAGGCUCACUUCAGAGCCUGUUUCUAUCGGCGUUUCCAGCUUUGUAAACUCUGUUUCAUCACUUUCAAACCACAUCAACCAUGGUUUUCUCAGAG